GCCCGACAGCGCGUCCCGUUACCGGCGAGUAGUGAACGUCCCGCGAGGUGAAGCGGAAUCAAUGCUGACACGUCCACGCGCCCGGCGAGGGCGCGCGCUGCACGAGUUGGAGAGCGGAGCGCGUGAUGCGUUUGAGGGACGGGGUCACUGUGAAAGUCCACCACAGCGCGUGGACGCGGCACACCUGGACCUCGUUUGGAAAGGAUGUCUCUGCUGAAACAGCGGGGGAGAGAGCUCGAGCGUUUCGACGGAUUGUCGCUCAUUUACUGGACACUAAUGGGUCCGUACGGAGUAGACAGAGCUGUUCAUUCCAUGGAGUUUACCGAUUGUGAGAACGGCCUGGGCAUCAAAGUGAUUGGUGGAGUGAAGGAGCAAACUGGAGAGGAGUUUGGAGUCUAUGUCAAACGGAUUUUACCAGGUGGCCUUGCAUCAAGUGACGGAAACCUGUUGCCGGGGGACCAGAUCCUGGAGGUGAACGGGGACAGCCUAGUGGGAGUCACGAGUGAAAGAGCUGUGGACAUCCUGAGAGGAGCCUCGGCAACUAAUCUCAUGCGACUUCUCAUAGCCAGAGACGAGGAAGCAAAGAGAGAAUUUGCUGAGUUGCUGGAGAAGUAUGGAUCUAAUAGUAGCACAGGAUCAACACGCAACUCUCCCAUACAGCAAGAUUCCAAAGGAGGCCGCUACCUGGAGAGUACAUCAUCUGGUUCCUCAUCGCGCUCCCAGAGUCCUUUGUUGUUGAGUCCAGCAGGCUCUCAGAACAUGUACAACAACAGUGGGCCAAUGCUGCGCUCCCUCAGUCAUCCAGGUGAAGGAGUGAUCCAGCUCAUUUCAGUUGCGCGAUCCGGCAGUUUGGGCAUCACCAUCGGAGGAGGCUCCAACAGGCCCGACGGGCCGGCUGUCUUCAUUCUGGAGGUGCUGUCUGGAGGAGACUGUCACCGGGAUGGACGUUUGAGGCCUGGAGAUCAGCUCAUCGCUGUGAACAAGGAGUCCUUGAUAGGUGUGACCCACGAAGAGGCCAAAAGCAUGCUGAACAAAGUCAAAUUCAGCCAGGACGGUGCUGUGGAAAUAGCCUUCAUUCCAGGGAAAGGACUUUUUCCAAGCAGCACAUCGCUCCACAACGGGGUCCAACGAGCCGCAGGCAGCAGCUACAACUCUGGACGCCUAAAAGCCCACAUCCGAUCACCUGAGAUCUGUACAGAGGAGCCAGUAGUAGUGUCCUCACCUUCUCCUGACAUCUCCUCACCAGAUAUUCAUAUUUCAGGUUCAACCAACCAGAGGUCGCCAACAGGUGCCAAGCCUAAGAUAACGUUGGACCCCUACAUACGCCUCAAAUCAGACAAGUUGGAGGUGGCUUUGUCCUUCCUUGGGUUGGAUGUCACAGAAGAGAAGAUGAAGAAGUUGAGACAGAGUCUGACCACAGACCCACAAGGCACUGUGGCCUAUGGAGACUUUGUGGAGGCUACCCAGAAUGUUUUCCAGGAGAACCUGGAGGAGCUGGGUUUAGGGGCGGGUCCCUUUAUGUUCUCCUAUCACGAAGCAGCUAGUUUGAUGGACACGUCGGCCUUCCACUCCCCUACAUAUGAAUCCGAAAGCAGCUACAGCAGUGAGGAGAUGGAGCAGUUUCAGACGGAGGUGAAGCACCUCAAGGUGAUGCUGAAGGACAUGGAGCACAGCAAGAAAAACCUGGAGGAAGAGCUGGAGAAGACCUCCCAGAAAGCCUGUUUGACUGUGGAGGAAAACUGCCGUCUGAAGACCCGUCUGCAUGCAGCAGAGGCUGAGGCAGGCCAGAGGCAGGCCAGCAGCGCGGAGCAGGACUACGAGGAGGUCAUCCAGCUGCUGGAGGCGGAGAUCAGAGACCUGAAGAACCAACUGGCCACCAAGAGGCAGGCGAGAGGACUGGAGUCCACACAGGAGGAGGUGCUGGAUCUGAAUAGGCGGCUGACGACUAUCGACUGGCAGUUGAAGAAGUCAGAGCUGAGCAGGAAACACCUGGAGAUCUCCAACAAGAAGCUGCUGGGCUUCGCACAGAACGUCCACAAAGUGCUGACGACACCCAGCUUGUUGGGAGGCGAAGGCGGCAGCAGUAGGUCGUCUCCAGCCACCGACAGCCCCGACACCCCGUCGCCACUUCCUAACUCCGCCUUCCAGCUGGCUGUGGAGGCCAAAGAGCUGGUGGCGGGAGUCUGCUCCCCCACUGCUGACGACAAAGCGUCAGUGAGUGCGACGGUGUUGGAGGUGGAGCCGCUGGCAGACGACAACCUUCAUCCUCUGUGAGCAGCAAAGUGCCAGAGGGUUGUGGAUGGGGGCUGACUGAGCUACAGACUACUCCAUGGUCUACAGACACCACCCAAUAAACUAAAAUAAGGACAGUACUCAUAAAUUCAAAUCCUCCGUUCACAGUGAACACAACCCAGCUGGUGUUUGAAUACCAAAGCUCGCUCACACACAUCGAAUUAGUGUCUUCCUUUUCAAACUGAGAGUUCAGCAGUGGGGCAGGACUUAAGAACUCGUCAUUCGCUGAUAACACGUGUACACAAGUCUCUGUGAGAAGAGCUCUGCCAAAUAAAAAGUCUGCUGGAAUUCUCUUUUGUGUAACUGAAAGCAGCGGGCGAUUGAAGGGCCGCAUGAGCAUGUCCACAACGCACACACGCAACUGUCAACGUGUUAUUACUCCUCUCUGACCACAUUUCUAACCCACCUUCCAGCCACACACACACGCACUCCAUGGGCUGCAUGUUAGCUUGGAACGGGCAAUCCAAGGCAAAUCAACGGUGUCCCUUCAUCCAUCUCCAUGACUUAUUCCCCAACAGUAGGCAGAGAAUGAAGAGACUCCUGAGGCUUUGUGCUUCCUGUCAAUGCGUCCCGUGCGUCCACCACUGGCUGUCACGUUGCUGUAGCUCCUACUGUGUAAACCCGUGUUUUGUAGGCAGACCUCAGCCAUAGGCUACAUGUGGAACCUUCAUUUGAUUCAUGCGGACAGCUUCGAAGAAUACUGAUGUGUCCUGUGCUUCAACAAAACUGCAUCUGUGGUGUGGCCUCAUAUCUUUCUGUUACUGUUUUAUAUUAAAGGACCAACUGCUGACUGGA